CGGGGCACGGGCGGCGGCGGCAGGUGGAGCCGGAGCCUCAGCAUCAGCCGAGCCGCGGCCACUGCCGGCGUCGCCGCCAUUAGACAAUAGCGGUGGGGCCGGGGAGCGGGGAGGCGGGCGGCGGGGAGGGGCGGGGAGGGGCGCCGGGCGCGCAGGAAGCGGGGCCCGGGGCGCGCCGGGGCCGGGCGCGCGGGGAGGGGGCGCAGGAAGCGGGCGAGGCCGGGCGCGGGAGGCGGCGGCGGCCCCGGGAGCUGCCGAUCGGCGCCGGGACAAAGGCGCGGCCGCCCGGCGCCCCCAGCAGCCCGAGCCGGGGCGCACAGCCGGGGCGCAGCCCGCGCCCCCUGCCGCGACUGACAUGAUGUUUCCACAAAGCAGGCAUUCGGGCUCUUCGCACCUACCCCAGCAACUCAAAUUCACCACCUCGGACUCCUGCGACCGCAUCAAAGACGAAUUUCAGCUACUGCAAGCUCAGUAUCACAGCCUCAAGCUCGAAUGUGACAAGUUGGCCAGUGAGAAGUCGGAGAUGCAGCGUCACUAUGUGAUGUACUAUGAGAUGUCCUACGGUUUGAACAUCGAGAUGCACAAACAGGCGGAGAUUGUCAAAAGGCUGAACGGGAUUUGUGCCCAGGUCCUGCCCUACCUCUCCCAAGAGCACCAGCAGCAGGUCUUGGGAGCCAUCGAGAGGGCCAAGCAGGUCACCGCUCCUGAGUUGAACUCUAUCAUCCGACAGCAGCUCCAAGCCCACCAGCUGUCCCAGCUGCAGGCCCUGGCCCUGCCCUUGACCCCACUGCCUGUGGGGCUGCAGCCGCCUUCGCUGCCGGCGGUCAGUGCAGGCACCGGCCUGCUCUCGCUGUCCGCGCUGGGUUCCCAGGCCCACCUCUCCAAGGAAGACAAGAACGGGCACGACGGUGACACCCACCAGGAGGAUGACGGCGAGAAGUCGGAUUAGCAGGGGGCCGGGACGGGGAGGGUGGGAGGGGGGACAGAGGGGAGACAGAGGCACGGAGAGAAAGAAUGUUUAGCACAAGACACAGUGGAGCUCGGGAUUGGCUAAACUCCCAUAGUAUUUAUGGCGGCUGCCUGCGGAGGCCCCAGUCCGACUUGCAGGCCACCUCUAGCUUUCUUCCUACCCCAGUCCCGGCCUCCCUCCUCCUCCCCUGCAGCCUGGAUAGGUGGAUACCUGCCCUGACAUGUGAGGCAAGCUGAGGCCUGGAGGGUCAGAUGGGAGACCAGGUCCCAAGGGAGCAAGACCUCGAGAAGCCCAGAACCCCUGGCCAUUCCCCCGUUUUGAACACGUGUAACUGACAGUCUGCCCGGGCCCCUCGGGGCACACGCCACUGCGCUCUCACCCUGGUACUGCAUGCACGCAAUGCUAGCUGCCCCUUUCCCAUCCUGGGCACCCCGAGUCUCCCCCGACCCGGGGUCCCAGGUCUGCUCCCACCUCCACUUCCUGCCCCACUCACCACCUCUGCUAGUUCCAGACGCCUCCACGCCCACCUGGUCCUCUCCCAUUGCCCACAAAAGAGGGGGCACGAGGGACGAGCUUAGCUGUGCUGGGAGGAGCAGGGUGAGGGUGGGCGACCCAGGAUUCCCCCUCCCCUUCCCAAAUAAAGAUGAGGGUACUAAAGUUGUCUUGGUUUUUAUUUUAUUAUUAUUUUUUUCUUUUUCCAGUAUACUAGCUUGUCUUUUAAGAAAGGGGAUAUUAAAAAAAAAAAAAGACAAAAAUGUUUUUAAAAAAAAAAGCAACACCCACACCUGUGUCUGUAUAUAGUCAGCUUAUCUUGUGUUCAGUCGUUUGAUCUCUACAGAGAGAAGUGGAAAAUGCUGUAUCAAGGGUGGGCUUAGCUGUGCCUUUCAAAUAAAGAUGUGAGAAGGUUCA